AUGAAAUAUCACAUUAAAGCUACCAUGAAAUAUCACAUUAAAGCUACCAUGAAAUAUCACGUGAAAUAUCACUUUAAAGCUACCAUGAAAUAUCACGUGAAAUGUCACGUUAAAGCUACCAUGAAAUAUCACGUUAAAGCUACCAUGAAAUACCAAGUGAAUUUCCACGUUAAAGCUACCAUGAAAUAUCACGUGAAAUAUCACAUUAAAGCUACCAUGAAAUACCAAGUGAAUUAUCACGUUAAAGCUACCAUCUACCAUGAAUAUCACAUUAGAGCUACCAUGAAAUACCACCUGAUAUAUAACAUUAAAGCUACCAUGACAUAUCACAUGAAAUGUCACAUUAAAGCUACCAUGAAAUAUCACAUGAUAUAUCACAUUAAAGCUACCAUGAAAUACCACAUGAUAUAUCACAUUAAAGCUGCUAGGAAUAUCACAUUAAAGCUACCAUGA